CACAAUGCUGCUCUCUGAUCGUAUGACCGGUGCAAUCCACAGGCUCGCCGUCCUGCUCCUCUGUGCGGCAGCAGCCAUCUCCGGCGGCGCCGGGGCGGCGCGCGUGGACACCUUCAGCUACCCUGCCUUCGACACCACCACGAUGCGGGACCUCGUGGCGGCCAGCAACGCGGCCAUCCUCCUGCCGGCGUCCCUCCUUUUCGAACACGACGACGCCUUCUCCGAGUUCAACCGCACCGAGGGCUUCCUCCUGCUCCCCGGCACCGUCGACGUCUGGCGCCCCGGCGCCGGCGGGGCCCUGGCCGUCGAGGCCUCCUUCAACACCAGCUUCACGCUGACCGCCGCCGCGCCCGUCGCAUUCGUCCUCCUCCUCGACAGCCUCCCGCCGCUGCACGGCCGGGGCGGCCUCCGCGGCUUCGCCAACUACACCUCGCCCGACGACGGAGUCAGCAUCGCCGCCGCCGGCGGCCUCGCGACCGUCGAGGCCGGCCCGGUGAGGUCGUACGGCCCGGACGACCCCGCCGUCGGCCUCAACGUCACCGUCACGCCCAACGUUACGGCGGCUAGCAGGACCGUGUGGAUCGAGUACGCCGCCGCUGGACACCGUCUGUCCGUGCGCGUGGCUAGCGCCGGCGAGCCGAGGCCGGCCAUGGCCCUCAUCGACGCGCCACUCGGCCUCGCCGGGCGGCGCACCACCGAGACCGCGUCCGUCGGAUUCUUCGCCGCCGCGAUCCAGGACAUCGUCGUCGGUGUCCGCGACUGGCACCUGGCGGUGGACAGCUUUGAGGGCGGCGGGAAGAAGGGCACGGCGUGGUGGGUGAUACUGCUCGCGGUGCUCGGGUCUGUGGCUGCCACGGCCGCCGUUGUCACCGCGGUGGUGUGCUGCUUGCAGUCCAGGCUGCGGCGGGAGCGCAACAUGCAGCCGCCGAAGAUGUAGCUUGGCAUCAUUUAGUGAUACGUAGGGCCCGUGGCAACAAGUAUUGCUUAUUAGUAGUAUGUAUGCCUUGAUCACAGUUUGAUUAGAUUUUUAACAAAAAAUGUUGUAUGUAUGUAUGUAAUCUCGCUUAGUUAGGGGUUUAAAACUCUGCUAAGACUAAGAGAUAGUAUGGUUAUGGUUCUUGCUAUGUCACGUGCUUUUUUUUAGGGUCACCUGGGGAAUCCCCGGCCCACCUAAAUUUCA